AACGAGUAUAGACAUUAAUAAAUGCAUUUCUAUAGCUUCCAACAUCUGUUUUACCCUGAAGGAGGAGUAACAAGAUGGCUGUGCAGUUGCCUCCAAACAGAGGCCCCUGUCAGUCAUCUAGGGUUAAUACAUAUCAUUGGACUGAACUGAUAAUAUAUCAGAACCUCCCUGAUGUUGUCCUUUAUGUUGCAGGUGUUUUGGCCUGUUUUGGUCGACGAGAUUUGAUCACCACAAUGCCAGAUAGACUGGAUGUACUGACGGGCUCCUGUAUGCAAAUCCCAUGUUCAUUUGAUAUUGUUCACCAAAAUAAGUAUACAUUUAACAGCACAAUACUAACCUCUGGAGUGUGGAUUAAAGGAAACCCAUACUUUGGUGGGCGUCUGGACAGUGUGAUAUUUAACAGUACUGAGAUGGUCAACAGAUAUCAAGGGGAGAUAACUGGAAACAUGUCCCAGAAGAACUGCACCACAGUCUUCUUCAAUGUAACCACCAAUUACACUGAUAAAUACUACUUCAGGAUUGAGAGUCAACCAUUCCGUGCAACAGACACUGAAAAGUUUGUUUCUAUAGUUGUCAGUGAUUUGCCUUCCAGUCCCAUCAUUACUGUCUCAGGUGAGGUAAAGGAAGGGACCCCUGUCAGUUUGAACUGCUCAGCUGUUGCUCCCUGUCCCGAACACCCCCCUGAGCUGACAUGGACUCUCCCAACACAUUUCACAACUGAGAACCAACUGCAGGAAAAUCCAGACCAAACCAAAUCAUUUCUCUCCACGGUGACUUUCACUCCUUCAUACCUUCAUCAUCAGAAGAACAUCACUUGUACUGCAGUCUACCCAGUAGGGACAAGCAACAAGAGAGCUGAACAUAACAUGAAGCUUAACAUUUCAUUCUCUCCUAAGGACACCACGGCCUCCAUCAGUCCAGCUGAUCCAGUACUAGUGGGCAGCUGUGUUAAUCUGACCUGCAGCAGUACAGCCAACCCUCCUGUGACAAAUUUCACCUGGUUCAAGAUCAGUGAGGGUAAAACAACUCAGGUAGCAUCUGGACUGAGUUACACCCUCAAUGUUACUGUUGGUGAUGGAGGACUGUACUACAGUGAAGCAAGAAAUAGCCACGGCUGUGGGAAGUCGAAUGAAGUGCAGCUGGCUAUAAAAGGGCAAAAAGAGUCAAAAACCUCAGGGGUUGGUUUCUGGUUUCUGGUUUCUGGGGUUGCAGCAGGAACUCUGGGGACCAUUUUGCUUAUCAGCCUGAUCAGUCUUUUUGUAUGGAGGAGAAACUCAAGGCUCCACGAUGGACUUGAAAGGACAGACAGUCCACAGGGACAGAACUCCCCGGUUGGGACACUGUGUACUAACCAGGCCACAGCCGGAGAGGAACCAGAGGAACCUGCAGAAGACCAGCCUGAAGAGAUCCAAUACGGUGACAUAGACUUCUCCAAACUACAGACCAAAGAGACCCCAGCUGCAGCCCAGGACAGGAUCCAGGGACAGGAGAGUGAGUACGCUGAAGUCAACGUGACUGGGAGAGGGGCUCAGGAACCACCUCUAAACAACCUAGAUGGGCUUUAUGCACAAGUCAAUAAAAUAAGUGCUUGUUAAUUAUUUUUCCAAUGGGUAUUAAGUGUUUUUAUGUACAGUAUUGUCAUUGUGUAUCUGUUUUCUAUUGGUACUUUUGUUACAUUUAUAAUUGUGUAUAAUUGUGUAAUUAUCUGCAUAGUUGUAGAAUUUGCUGGGUUGAAAAGAGUUUAACUGUUACUAUAGUGGUGAUAUGAUGAUGCAGGCUACUCUUUAUUUUGGACCAUUUAUUUUGAGUGUUGAGUUCACAGAGCAUCUGUUUAAUGGGUUCCAGUAUAGAGGAACUGCUGAGUUCAACUAGCCAACUGAAGGCAGUUUAAGACCAUAUAAAGUCAAUGAUGACUGAGGAGAGAAGACACAGUUAGUUGGAGAGACAGUGGUCUGAUACAAGACAGGAAGUUGGUGAAGUAAGUCUACAUGACGGCAGAAUGGUGUUAACAUCUACUAGUCACUGUUUAUCUUCAUCUUUUGUGCAGUUACCAGACUAAUAAUAUUAUCUAUUUUCAGUUUAUAUCUAUUUAGAAUUAUUCUGUCAGUUUUUAUGUUGAGUGUUAAAUCAAAGAAACAAUUGAGGCUGAAUUUAUUAAGGUUGUUUAUUAAUUGCACUGCAAUAAAAACUUUUACAUUCAAUUUC